CCCCGGCGCAAGAUGGCGGCGGUGGGGCGGGCGAGGCGGAGGUGGGGCGGCGGCGGGAGACACAGCGGUGCCCGGUGCCUGCAGCCCCCGACCUCACGCCCAGCGGCCCCCGCGGGCCAGGCGCGGGACGCCCCGCUAUGAGGAUGCGGCCCCGGCGCGCCAGCGGCGAGCACGGAGUGACGGCCACGCGUCCCGCCACCAGCAGCUGCUGAGAAAUGGCCAAUGAGAAUCACGGAAGCCCUGCGGAGGAAGCGUCUCUCAUGAGUCACUCACCUGGCACCUCCAACCAGAACCAGCCCAGCUCCCCCAAACCCAUGCGCCUGGUGCAGGACCUGCCAGAUGAGCUGGUGCAGGCUGGCUGGGAGAAGUGCUGGAGCAAGCGGGAGAAUCGCCCCUACUACUUCAACCGCUUCACCAAUCAGUCCCUGUGGGAGAUGCCUGUCUUGGGUCAGCACGAUGUCAUUUCAGACCCACUGGGACUGAACGCAGCUCCCAUGCCGCUGGAGGGUGGAGUGAUUGACACCUCUGCGGAGAGCAAGCAGAGGAAGAGGAGGUUCUCUGAGGAGGUUCCAGCCGGUGGCAACAGUGUCAAAAAGCCUAAGGCGGAUGUCCCGGGGAAUGCAGCUGCCCAGCCGGUGCCCAGCUCUCCCAGCGUGCCUGGCAGCUCUGUCCUGAAGGCAUGGUGUGUCUCGCCCGAGGACAAGCAGCAGGCAGCUCUCCUGCGACCAACCGAGGUGUACUGGGACCUGGACAUCCAGACAAAUGCAGUGAUUAAGCAGAGAGCACCCUCAGAAGUGCUUUCUCCACACCCCGAGGUGGAGCUGCUGCGGUCCCAGCUCAUUCUGAAGCUGCGGCAGCAUUACCGUGAGCUCUGCCAGCAGAGGGAAGGGAUUGAUCCCCCAAGGGAGUCCUUUAACCGAUGGAUGCUGGAGAGGAAGGUGGUUGAUAAAGGCACAGAUCCUCUUUUGCCCAGUGACUGCGAGCCAGUAGUGUCUCCUUCCAUGUUCAGAGAGAUCAUGAAUGACAUUCCCAUCAGGCUGUCCAGAAUCAAGUUCCGGGAGGAAGCCAAGAGGCUGCUCUUCAAGUACGCCGAGGCUGCCAAGCGACUCAUCGAGUCCAGGAGUGCUUCACCAGACAGCAGGAAGGUGGUGAAGUGGAACGUGGAGGACACCUUCAGUUGGCUGCGACGGGACCACUCUGCUUCCAAGGAGGACUACAUGGACCGCUUGGAGCACCUGCGCAAGCAGUGCGGCCCCCACGUGUCUGCAGCAGCCAAGGACUCUGUGGAAGGCAUCUGCAGCAAGAUUUACUACAUCUCCCUGGAGUACGUCAAGCGGAUCCGGGAGAAGCACCUCGCCAUCCUCAAGGAGAACAACAUCUCUGCUGAGGUGGAAGCCCCUGAGGUCCAGGACAGGCUGGUGUAUUGCUACCCAGUGAGGUUGGCCAUCCCCUCGCCACCGCUGCCCAGCGUGGAGAUGCACAUGGAGAACAACGUGGCCUGCGUGCGCUACAAGGGCGAGAUGGUCAAAGUCAGCCGCAACUACUUCAGCAAGCUGUGGCUGCUCUAUCGGUACAGCUGCAUCGAUGACUCUGGCUUUGAGAAGUUUCUGCCCAGGGUUUGGUGCCUUCUCCGUCGCUAUCAGAUGAUGUUCGGCGUGGGGCUGUACGAGGGGACUGGGCUGCAGGGGGCACUGCCUGUGCACGUCUUCGAGGCCCUCCACAAGCUCUUCGGAGUGAGCUUUGAGUGCUUUGCCUCGCCCCUGAACUGCUACUUCAAGCAGUACUGCUCGGCCUUCCUGGACACAGACGGGUAUUUCGGAUCCAGGGGCCCCUGCCUGGAUUUCUUCCCUAUAAGUGGCUCUUUUGAGGCAAAUCCUCCGUUCUGUGAGGAGCUGAUGGAUGCCAUGGUCUCCCACUUCGAGAAACUGCUGGAGAGCUCCAGCGAGCCUCUGUCCUUCAUCGUCUUCAUCCCCGAGUGGCGAGACCCCCCCACGCCGGCGCUCACCCGCAUGGAGCAGAGCAAGUUCAAGCGCCACCAGCUGGUCCUGCCAGCCUUCGACCACGAGUACCGCAGCGGCUCGCAGCACAUCUGCAAGAAAGAGGAGAUGUACUACAAGGCCGUGCACAACACUGCCGUGCUCUUCCUGCAGAACAGUGCCGGCUUCGCCAAGUGGGAGCCCACACCGGAGCGGCUGCAGGAGCUCGUGGCAGCCUACAAGCAUUCAGGACGGACCCUCAGCUCUUCCUCCUCCUCCUCAUCCUCCUCAUCCUCCUCCUCCUCUUCCACGGCAGACAAGGAGCGGGAGCUGAGCCGAGAGCAGAGCAGCAGCCGGGAGACCAAUCCCAACUAGGGAGCAGAGGUGCGAGGCAGCAGGGCAGGCGCUGCAGCCCGAGGAGCUGAGGCUACGCCGGGAUGGUGCAGGGACUGCUGGCAGCGCGGUGCCACCGCAGGACUCUUGGCAGCAGCUCCUUCCUCUGCGAACUGCACGCCCGGGGCGGCCGGAGCAGCCGGCGGGCACCGGAGGAGGCUCAGCCGCGGCUCGGCAAAGGGCACGCGGCACGGCAGGAGGAGCUGGCAGCCCCUUCGACGCCAGGGCGCCCAGACAAGGGUCAGCCGGAGCUGGGGCGCAGGCGCGGGCAGACAGACGGCAGGACAGGCGGAGGGACAGGUGGAUGGCAAGCGCGAAGCGCCGCAGCCCCGCGCCGGCGGGAGAAGGACGGGCAGAGCCCGGGGGCUCCUGCGUCGGGCCCGGCCCCGGCCCCGUGUCCAUAUGUAAAUAGCUGUGUCGGCGGCACCGCGCUCCGGCAGCGCCGCUCCCAUCCCAUCCGUGGUUGUUUCCCACCCGUGUGAGUCCCGUGCUGGCCGCCGCUGCGCCCGUGGAGGGCAGGGGCGGGGGGCGCCGGCCGGGCUGUACAGAUGUUGUUGCAGCUGUUUUGUAGUCGUUGUGGUUUUUACGCGGAGCCCCCGGGCUGUGUUUCCCCUCCCUGGGUUGUGUUUUGUAAGGUUAAUUUAACACCGCUAACCAUUUUAUUACUUUUACCCAGAAGAGCAAAGUCUAUUUUUGAUUUCUGUUUCCUAGUUUUUAGGGACAUUAAAAACCAGCCGAGA